GCCGCGGGGUCGGCUGACGGUAACGGGCUGAGAAGCUGUUUGCGGAGCGAGUUGAAGAUGAAUGCCAGAGGACUUGGAUCUCAGCUAAAGGACAGUAUUCCAGUUACUGAACUUUCAGCAAGUGCACCUUUUGAAAGUCAUGAUCUUCUUCGAAAAGGUUUUUCUUAUGUGAAAAAUGAACUUCUGCCCAGUCAUCCUCUUGAAUUAUCAGAAAAAAAUUUCCAGCUCAACCAAGAUAAAAUGAACUUUUCCACACUGAGAAACAUCCAGGGUCUAUUUGCUCCGUUAAAACUACAAAUGGAAUUCAAGGCAGUGCAGCAGGUUCAGCGUCUUCCAUUUCUUCCAAGCUCAAACCUUUCAUUGGAUAUUUUGAGGGGUAAUGAUGAGACUAUUGGAUUUGAAGAUAUUCUUAAUGACCUGUCACAAAGUGAACUAAUGGGAGAACCACAUUUGAUGGUUGAAUAUAAGCUCGGUUUACUGUAAUGCACUGUGCUGUUCAUGGAAAUAGAGGGGCUGCAUCUUGUUUAUAGUCGUUUUUUACUAUACUUUGACGUGCACAACAUUAAAAGUACUGACACAUGAGAA